AGCAAAAUCAGUGAAUACUUUGCGCUCAAAUGGAACUGUUGUUAUUUGUUUGCUGUAACUUCCAGCAGCGUGCAUGAUUUUUAACUUCAGACAUUCAUACAUAUAUGCAUACAGAUGUAUGGUUUGGGUUGAAAUGACAUUCAGACGUUCGAAAAACAUCGAAUUCAUCACUUGAUGGAUGAAAUCCGCUGAUCACUUUCAUUUCGGUAACAAAAAUCGGUAGGGUUACCUUAACUGUGGCAUAAUAAAAAAUUUAGUAGUGCAAAAGCUAUACUGAAACACACAAAUAAAAUAAAAAAAAUGUUUUAGAAGAAAUGUGUAAUUCAAUUCAGCGGAGAGUGUUUGGCAUAAUACAGUAUACUAGUAUAAAUGCUUAUACGAACAUACCUGCAUGCAUGCAUUAAAAAGUGCGACUCCAAGCAAUUAAACGGAGCAUAUAUGAAUUAUAACUUUAGUGAUGACCGAAAAAAAAAUAAAUAAUAUUAAUUUCUAAAUUAAACUUACAACAUUAUUCAAUUAAAUUUGAAUCAGUGAUCGCACGCAAAGUAUAUUAUAGAAAUGUAGCAAUAUGAUUGCUGAAAACCCCACUGAUUGUUAUAUAUUUUUCAUAUUCUUAAUCUACUAACCUAUGUCCCUUAAAUUAAACAAAAAAAAAAACAAGUUUUAAGUGACUGGAAAUACGUACACAUAUCCUGCCGUAACUAUUCUUGCCACACUCAAGGAAAAUGCACAUUUAUUACAAGUUUGGAUUGUUCCUGAUAUUCAUACUCAGCAUAAGUGCGCCCUUUACAAAAGCAGCUCCAUCAAACGUGUCUUAUGACAAUAACGACGACUAUUAUGAGGAAUAUUAUGAUGAGAAUGGUCUAGAGCAAAAAGAUAACCUAACAGUAAAAACAACUGAUAUGGAAAGCAGGAUUUCGACGACAAUUAGAACUAUUAUCGUUAUUCCAACAACAAAAAGGAUAUUAGUUUCAUUAAACAAUUAUACAACUAGCAGUCAGGUGUUGGAGCCCAAAUGUCCCAAAGACUGCCACUGCUUGGAUAACUUUAAGCGCAUACUGUGCAAUGGCCUUGGUUUGACGAGAGUGCCAAAAAACCUUCCAACUACAACACUAUUCAUCGAUUUAAGCCAAAACAAUAUUGGAGAAUUACAUAUUGAAGAUUUCGUAAAUAUUUCUAAAGUUCGUGAAAUCAAUUUAAGUUAUAAUCAACUAAAAUUUAUUGAUAAAUCGAUAUUUGAGAGCUUAAUUAAUUUACAACGACUUCAGCUAACAGAUAAUAAACUAAGACAAAUCGAGCCAGCAGCUUUCUCCGGCACAAGUAAUUUAAUUGAUCUGGAUUUAAGUAACAAUUCUAUAUUGUUAAAAAACGAUGGCCCAUUCCUCAUUCGACCUGGCUUAAUUAAAUUUGCUUGUCGUAAUUGCAGUUGGACUGAAUUCUCUGAUGAUACAUUCUCAGGAUUAGCCAGUUUGCAGUCUCUAAAAUUGGAUUUAAAUAAUUUUUAUAAGAAAAUCAAUGUUAAAGCUUUUUCACCGCUGCAGAAUGUUACUAGAUUGUGGUUGCCUGAUUUGGAAGCAGAGAGUGUGACAGAACUGUGUAAUUUAUUAACAGCUAUUGACAAUAUAAAGUUCGGGCACUUUGAAAUCAGUUGCUUUGAAUUAGUACUAGGCACUUCAUUUAAUGACAGCAUUGUGGUAACGGAUCCACCAUUCAUUCAAACGGAAAUACCACGAGUACCUAAUGAAGUACCACAAUUAGCAGUUACUGGUGGUUCGGUGCAAGCAAAGGAAACAACGGAAGAAAUCAGUACUAAGAUUAAAUAUGCAAAUGUGACUACUAAAAUACCAACAACGAAAACAAAAUCGUCAAAUCCAAAAGAGAUCAAAAUAGAAGUCUUAGAAAAUAAAAUGGAAGGUAUCAAUGUCCACUCAAAUUUCACAAAUUCUACGACUGCGAGUAGAAUGGAAGAUGAUAUUAACAUUAAGAAAAUGUCGGUCAUACUAACAGGUAACGCUUCAACUAUCUUAAAUAAUAUAGUAAAUACCAGUGUCGAGCAAAACGAAAUCAAAACUUCGGUUAAAACAAAUAACACCGUCACAGGACAUAUAUCCCAGGAUAUGGUAAACAUACUGCUUAUAUGUAUUAUUAUUAUAGCAAUUGUUGGCAUUAUCAUUGGUAUAAUUUGCCGAAAGGAUGUUGGUGGAAUCAAAACUAAAUGUUGUCGAACAAAGAAACCGGAUCAAAAAGAUCAAGUACAUCCCCCUGAAGAAAUUCCACUAAAUAAACUAUCAUAAAUACAGGGCCUAAUCAAUAAGAAACAGUUCUUAAUUUUUCAUUAAAACAAUAAGCGAAGAGCAAAUAAUUUAACUUCCAACAGAUAAAUAUUUCAAAUAUAUUUAGUAUGUAGUAAUAACUGUAAUGAUAAGAUCUAAGUAAUCAUAUUUGAUGUACCCGUUAGCGAUAUUAUAAUUAAUAUGAUAAGUUUAGUAUAUCAUUUUCCAAAUAACUUCUUAACGCAUGUUCUUGUACUCAAAAAUACAACGUUAAGAUUCCUAGUCGCAUUCAGAAAUAUUUGUAAAAUUUACGCACAAUACACGAACAACCACAUGUACAUAUGUAAUACGGCAGGUAUCAGCAAAAGGAUUAUUUGUUUUCCAAAUACAUACACAUUUAUAAUAGUAAACAUUAAUAUUAAUAAAAAAAAAUAUAUUAUAUGUAUAAUAAAAUUCUGAAUAUUAUAAAAUUUCAUAUGCUCCCGAAA